GCCAGUGAUGCAAGCAGCACCGGGGCCAGCGGACCACUAGGCAGCCCGCCGAGCAGCGACGAGCACCGCGGGCAGGCGCACCGCGCACCGCGCAGCGCACCGCCGAGCUAGCUCACCGACCCGCCGGCUCACCAUGGACUCGUCCAUGUCGGUGGACUACGGCACCGCGCUCUACGUGGAGGACGACAAGGACGGCAAGAAGGACGACGUGGACGCGAUGGACACGUCGACGCGGGGAGGCGGCCAGGACGUGGACAUCUGGACGGGCACGAGCACGGCGGGGCUCGACGAGGCGAGCAUGCUGCAGCACCCGGGCGUCAACGGCGUCCCGUCCUACUACCCGGUGUACGGCAACGGCGGCGUCAACGGCCUCAGCAACUUCAACGGCCUCAACGGGGGCGUGCCGCGCCGCGGCGGCGGCCCCGCCCAGCCCGCGCACCUCCCGGGCUACCAGGUGGCGGCGCAGGGCGCCAGCCUCGGCGCCAGCCAGCCCUCGGGGCCCACGGCGAACUGGGCGCCGCCGACGUACCACAUCCCCAAGUGGAUCAACGGCGGUGCCCCGCCCGGGUGCACCCCGCCGGGCCGGGCCGGCCAGCCGCCCUGGACGCACCAGCAGCUGACGGCGCACCUGCAGCAGCAGUACCCGGGGCUACGCGGGCCCAUCCCGCCCUCCAUGCUGGCGCGGUGGAACCCGGGCGGCGUCACGGCCGCCAACCAGAGCAGCGGCGGCGGCGGCGGCCGCGACGGCGGCAACGUCACCCUGGCCAGUCUCGUCGGCAUGCCGCCCGGCCUCCAGGGCCACGGCAGCCACCAGGGCGGCCACCAAGGCCUGCAGCAGCAGACCCAGCACCACCAGCCCGGCCUCGGUGGCCACGGCGGCGUCCUGGGCGGCGGCCAGCGCAAGGCCAGUCCCACCUUCGGGCCGCAGCCCGGCCGGGUCCUGACGCCCACCAAGCAGUUCCGACGCAGCGCCUCGUACCCGGGCAAGCCCUACGGACAGACGCCCUCCUUCGAGAUCACCGGCGCCGACGAGAACCACAUGCUGAACCCCUUCUCCAUCAGCGCGCAGCAGGAGCAGCAGCAGAGGGCGGCCAAUGGCGUUGCCAACGGCUCCAGCGCGCUGGACAACAUGCGGAGCCUGGAGACCUACCUGGGAGAGAUCAUGCGCUCCGGAGAGGACACCCCCGAGCACCUCAAGGGAUUCCUUAACUGCAAUGCCAACACACUGCAAUCCCUCGCCCAAAUACACGGCGACUGGGCAGCGCCGCAGCUCACCGGCCCCAUCAACGCCGUACGUGCUCGACGACCAGAUGUGCGACGAGUGCCAGGGGCAGAGGUGCGGCGGCAAGUUCGCGCCCUUCUUCUGCGCCAACGUUACCUGCCUACAGUAUUACUGCGAGCACUGCUGGGCCACCAUCCACUCGCGGCCGGGCAGGGAGUUCCACAAGCCCCUGGUGAAGGAGGGCGCCGACCGGCCCAGGGCCGUCCCCUUCCGCUGGUGUUAAUGAAGGGCCGCGAGGGUCGGCUCGCACCGGGCCGGCGCCUCAACCUCUAGACAAUUGUAGGAUAAUCCAAUUUUUAGAGAAUACCCCAAAGACUUGUUGAACCCGAGACAUGUGGAGAGAAAAAAAAUGAACUUUUUUUUUUGUUUUUCUAUGUAAUAAAAGAGUAUAUCCACAUGCUCGGGUCGUGUGCUCAGUGUCGGUCGGCGCCGCGCAGCCCACCAGUAUUACCACCUUUGUCUAGCUAAAUUAAAUGAACUCGUGGCGGGCUGUGGUCUGGUGUAGACUGUGACCAUGGGGCACGCCACAAGACUCGCAACAAGUUGCAGGGCAAAAAUAAUAAUUCAAUUCUUAGCAUCCAAACUGUGUGGGUGGAACUGCUCACCUCUAGCUUAAGAGGGGGUAGACCACCACACAGUCUAGUUGUUGUGUAUGUGUGAGCGCGUGUGAUAGUCUAGAGCCUCUACAAGCUCGUGCGUUCAAUGCUAGUUAGAGUCCAACAGGGCUCUAAUGCUAGCUUGGCCCAACAAGGGGCUCUUUAGUCAUUUUUAUUACAACGUUAGUCAGCGUGUGCUUGCUCAGUGUGCUUCUAUUCAUUUUUAAAACAAAUUUCAGCUUUCUCUUUUUUACAAUGUGCAUUUUUUUUUAUGUUGCCUGCUGCUGAUUCUUAGCAUCUCUGCCAAUACUUUCAAUUUUUAAAAUGAACUCCUCAGGGUAUCUGUAAAUAUUAAUUCGAUAAUUUAAUCUACUUUUAUAUACAUGAAAGGAAUGAAGUAUUCUUGCUGCCCAAGUACGUUCAGUACAAUUUUUCUUUCUGUGUUUAUCUAUCACCUUGGCCUUUCUUAGAGGCGCUUUGCCUCUGAUUUGCUUUUGCAUCUAACUUUGAGACAGAAAUUGUGCAUAUGAACUGAGAAAAGCACAACGUCCCACGCAAAUUGCUUUUUAUACCAAUCAUGUUUCCAAAGAAUGUCUUGAACUCAGCUCUCAAAGAGUGGGAGCUCGUCUUAAUCUUUGUAAUUUUUUAUAUUUUCAUUAGUUGUACAUAUAGUUUUGCAAAAAAAAAAAUCCAAGCAAAACCAAAAAAAAAAAAAAAAAAUGGAGAUGAAGUAAGUACCAUUAGUUCAAAAUAUUGAUUUGUUUCAUGAUAAGAAUUUAUCUUCCAUAUUUAUUUUUUGGGUCUCAUUUUUGUAUAUAAUGAAGCUUUCUCAGAAAAGCAGAUGGCAUAUGAUGUCUUGCUUCAAUUUUUUGUUGUUGUGUUAUUUCCUUUUUUGUUUGGUGAUGACUAGAGUAUGUAAGUUUAACAAAGAAUUGGCAGAGACUCUAAAGUAAUGCAAGCACACGCACCCCUUAGUUACCCCUUUCACAAAAUCUUACCAAAAGUUUAGUGUUGCAAUUAUUGUGUGAAAAGAGACCCAUUUUUAUGAUUUUUGAUAUUUGUUUUGAUUUUAUAGUUUAUUCAUAGAUUGUUUUUUCUCUACCGGCCAAACCAUGUAGAGGAAGGUUGACAUGUUUUGUCUCUUAGAUGUUUCCCUUUAUUAUAAUGAAAUAUAUGUGUUUAGCUGUUUGGGUUCCAGUCCAAUCAUAUGGCUAUCUAGCUUUGGAGAAGGCAUGAGAAUAGGGUGGCAUAGCCUAAUUUGUUGUGAUUUUUAACAAAUUUAUAGUAGUGUUAGUCCUAUUGUGACAGCUGUCCCUUAUCCGUGUGACACUUCUCCUGGUUGGUGAAUCAUCUCGUCAAACUUUAAACAUUUUAUUUUAGAGGAGAAAAAAUAUGUCUUAGACUGUUUGAUGAGAAUGUGUUCUAUCGCUGGAAUCAUUUGUUUUAGAAGAACCUUCUGUUGCCUCUUGGCUACUGUGUUCUUGCCAAGUCAUGUGCGGAGCCUCCAAUUGGUAAAUAUAGAUUUUACCUUGUGUUCUUUAUGACCUCAAGGUCUAGAAGCCCAAUGGCUCAUUUAACUAUUAUUUGUUAUGUGUGAUACCUAGCUACAUAUAUAAUUCACUUUGCUCUUUUGCACGAAUAUCCUAUCUACAUAUACACAACAAAUGUGUAGGCUUAUGAAUAUUUGGAUCUACUCCUGUCGUGUUUUUCAUAUAGAUUUUUGUAUUUCCUUUAAUCAGGAAGGUUUUUUUGUACCCUUCUUUUGAUGUGUCUGAUGUAAUAGACCAAUGGUGAUGGAAUGUAUAAGAGCCUACCACAUGUUGUGGAAAAAGGCAAAGCCAAACAUUCUUGAGGCAGAGUGGUGUUGGGUCAGCUUAUCCCAAUGCUGAGAUGGACCAGCCUCAUAUAUCUGCACUGCUCACCUUAAGUAGCAAGCUAACUUUAUUUUUCAUGUCUGUUGAAUGAUUACACGUGAUUCCUCAUACCAAAGAUGACUGUAUGUGAAAUCUUUGAUUCUCAUGAUCUAUGAAACUUCUGGCUCUUUUGUUUGCUCAGAGAAGCAAGCAGACUUCUAUGUAUUAUAUAUACAUAAAUGCAUAUAUACAUAUACAUUUUUUACUUGUCUUAUAAUUCAAUUUGAAACCAUUUCAGUGUGUGUGUAUAUAAUAUGUCAUUUUCAUAAAUGUUAUUGGUAGGCAUACAAAGUUAAUGUAUAGAAUCCAAAUUUGAUUAGAAAGAGUUGUAGUCACAACCACCAGUAUUUGGUUCUAGUAUCUGAGCGAUGUGCCAGAGCUACCAAGUAUUGAUUUUUAUUUUUUUUAAACAAAGGUACAUUUUCAACCUGUCAAUGGAUUAAGUUUUUUUGCCCAAGAUGCAUUAUUGUGCCUUGGGCGGGUGGGUAGCAUUCUAGUCAUCAACAUUGGGGCUCAUGUGAUCUGCCUUGUAUGUUCAUGUAUUGUGAGUCGUUCCUACAUGGGUGUAUAGCCUUUGUAAUGCAUUACAUCCAAAUAAGCUCUGGUAGCUCGAGGUUUUCAAAAUAAUGUGUAACAUUUACCUUUCAGUCAAAUGGUGCCAUCUUUAGAGGUCUAUCUAUCUGCAGUGGGUCUUCUGCAUUUCAAUUCCUGUUUUGAAAAAAAAAUACCAGCAAGGUCUUUUAUGCCUUCCUGACUAAUGUAGAUCUUUGUGAGAUUUUAAGAUUUAUACUGAUGUUUAAAUGUCGUAGUUGUGUGUGUUCUACAAAUGAAAUUUGAUAAAAUAUUAAACCUUACCAAAUAUCUUCAUGUUUUUUUUGUUGAUUUUUUCAUUUUAUACUUCUUUCAUAGAAAAUGGUUGUUUUUUGUUCACUGUUUUUUUAUUUUUUUUAAUGUGUGUAAUGGGAAGUUUGUGUUUUAUGGUUUUCUGUGUUACAUGCCAUGGCAUGCAGGUCGGGGGCCGGUUCUCAACCGCGCUAGCAAUGUUAAAAUGUGUCUGGGCAGUUGGUUGGCUUUUCUUGAUGACUGACUGGCCUAAUAUAUUAUUAUCUUUUUUACAAUAGCAUGUAUUGUACUAUGAUUUUCAAUGAAACACAAAGGAAAAAGAAAAAAACAUUUUAUUGUAAUGUGAUAGUUGUAUUUAAUACAAAAAUCUACACGUGAUUAUUUUGUAGCCUUGGGUAACUUAUUUAACGUUAGCACUAUAUAUUUAACUCUUUUUAAUAAGACUUCUUGAAAUUGUUCUUAAAUAUUAUAUUCCAGUGUGAUGAUUCCAUUUAUAUUAUGUAACUUUUGGUAUUGAAAUUUUUUUUGGAUGUUUGAUUUUGUUUGCCUUUACUUUCACACCUCAAUUGGACUGAGGAGAUAAAAAUAUGUUUCAGUAAGGUUUGCAAAGAAAGUCAUGCCAACUAAGUCAGUUUCUUUUUCUUAUAGACUUAAUUAAGAAACCACAUUCUUGUUGUUGGGAGGUCUGCCUGUGUGUUUACUUCUCACGUAUGCUUUCGUCACAGAAUAAGUAUUUUUUUUAAAUUGUCAAGUAAACUUUGUUACUAGAAUUUAUAUUCUGCCACUCUUGUGCUGUGUAAAGAUUGAAUGUUCUUUAAUAUUGAACAUUGCAACAAUGCUCAAUGUUGAGAAGCAUCGUUUCGGCUUCUGUUAAAACAGAAUACAAUUAUGUGCAGCUAAUAUUUUUUUAUUCUUUUUUAUUUGUUUCCUGAAGAGUUUGACUUUAUGGUUGAACAUUUGAGUUGUGUUUUUAUUAUUAUUUAUUGUAUAAGUGUGCUGUUUCCCUCAGAUUUUGUUACAUCUUUUUAGAAACAUUAAAGCUUUAAUGACCUACUUAGUUUUUUGAACCCUUUUCUACAUUUUUCACAUUGUGUUAUUUUAUACAAAUGGCAAGACUUUAAUGAACUUUUGUUCCUUUUCUUCAUUCCCAAGUGUUUCUAAGAUAGGUGUGAGACUUAAAAAGAGUCUCCUUAUUAUCCUUGCUGGUACCAUACUUGAUGAAUGAAGUACCAAGCUUCUUCACCUGAUUGUCCUUGCAUAUUUAUAUUAUGACCAGAAAGGGCAGCAUAUCUUAUUGCAAGUGAUCUUAAAAGCAUUUCAGAAAAUCUAUUUUCAUAUUUCUGGAAUCAUAAAUUAAAAUAGACCAUUAGCUCUUGUCUGAAAUAAGAAAUUUUUUUGAAAAAUAUUUGUUGCGAUAAGUUUGUCAUUGUACAUCCCAAGUAGACUGGUUCUCUUGAUAUCAACACUUAAGGUUUAAUCAUUUCUGUUGAAUUCCUCCUUGCAUCUCCCUUUUCCUCUUUCCCGACUUAUUCCUUUUGUGUCUCAUUUAUUUUCUCGCAGUUUCUGAGCCCCAGGCUUCACAGUCCUAGAGCAGCCACAAAUGAGGUGUUAUCUCUCCCUACCAUUUGUUUACCUCCUACGUGGUAGUUCUAGGACUCUAAAUCUAUCGUAUUCUUGGAUGCAAUGUCUGAUUACACUCAAACAAUGAUCAGCAGACUUCUUAACAAUCAAGCCUAAUCGAAGAAAGAGGGAAAGGAAAAGAUAAGAGAGUACGAAAAAUGUUUUAUGAAACAUUUGGUCCAUAGAAAGUGUGGAAGUAAUGGCUCUGGUGGUGGAGUGGGAUAUUCCCAAGGUAGCAAACAAGUUCUGUGUAGUAGUGAUUUUUAUAUCUAUACAUCAAUGUGUUUAGCACUUAUUGUAUACUAUAUGUUACUCUAUUCAUGUCUAUGUCAUGCAUGGUGCUUAAAAUUAGUCUGUUCCAUGAUACAUCUGGUAUUAUCUUUUGUUUCUUGAAAGGGAAGGAAAAGUACAGAGAAGAUGAAUUUUGUGAGUUCUGUUACUGCUCUAAUCAUGAGAGGAAAUAGAAAUUGUAAUUUGUUAUUUUUUUGACUUAGUACCCUAGGCAAACAUAAUUAACAGUAUUAUUGUUCCCCUGGUAUGGAUUGAAUCUUUGUGCAACAAGAGUUUGUCAUUGGAAAAGUUUUUCCCAUGGUCCAUUUAAAAAAAAUUAAAGCUAAAUUCUCCUUCCAUUUUUUCUUGACCAUGUGGCCCUUUACCACUAAAAGAGUGUGAGAUUAGAGGAAAAAUAAUCCAGGGAAGGUAGGAAAGUGGGUCAUUGAAAAUUUGAAAUGUAUGUUUGUGAUUUACAGCUGAUAUUUUUAUCACUUUUCUACAUACUCCUUUAAAAUUGUAAGUUCAGUCUUAUCACCAAUUUGUAGUGUGGCUUGCUGUUAGUAUUAUAUGUAUGAAUAACCAGUUACUCUCAUACCAUGUACGUACUUUUACCAGGGGAUCUUUUCCUUGUUCGUUUGUUGGAUGUGCAACUUUCAUGUUUUUUGAAUAUAACCAUUAAAUGUGGAAUCUUAUAUAAAA